UUCCUUUCCUUCUUACUUCCAUGACCGUACUGUGAUUCCUUCAUUCCUCCUUCAUCUCUCUCGCAUACCCUCUCUGUUCCAGCAAUGUCUUCCGUAGCGUCCUGCUCUACCAAACUCUUGGCUGCCCCCAUACCUGAGCGCGUCGUACGCUUCGACAAUGAAUGCGUUCUCAUCCCAGAAAGUCGUUCCAAGCGACCUAUGGUGUCGAUGGUGACCAGGUCAUACGCUAUACCCCUUUGGAAGCGGAAAUCACCGAGUCCUAGCCCCCUAGAUGAGAAGGAGAGGCAUACAGAGAUGAUUGAAGACAGUGACCCUCCCUCUCCAGCUGCGGAGGGAAAGGAGCACGUCGUUCUCAAGGUUUCUGUCCCUCGACACGUCCAAGCCGCGGACGAUCACACACAUGCGGAACCUCUUACCCCAUGUCUCGUGCAUCGUUCGGCAGAUCAGCCUUCGCCUCCAUCUUUCCCUGUACCCCGCUCACGAACCCUUAGGCGAACCCCUUCUCUACCCAUUCCACCAGCGAAACAUAUCACCACCGGUGACAACUGGGAGACCAAGUUCUCUACCGGUGCACGGAGACGGCGAAGCACGAGUCUUGACGGUAUCACAGCCCCAUUCACCCUUGCCGACGUCGAAGAAGCUUUGUUUCGCGUUAACGUAACCGUCGACGAGGUGGACACGCUGAAGCAGAGGCGCUCGCAGGAGAUUGCUCCCGAGCCUGUUCCUAAGCCCUGUGUCGAGGUUGAAGACGAGGACCAGCUCUUUCCUCUCCCUCUACCGCGUCGUUCACCUGGUGGUUCCCCCAUUCCGAGUCCGAAAGCUCCGCCGACGUGUUUAAACUUGACAGCGAAGAAUGGUUCCGAGGAGAGUAUGAUUGGGAAGAGCAUCUCGAGAAGAAAUCGUUGCGAGAAGACCUUGUUGAUGCCCGAGACCGGCUCACAGGCCAUCCUACAUACUCGCGAGAGGCCGUCUCCAUCGUCUUCGCCAUCUUCUUUACCUUCUCCCUCGAAGCAUCGACGGCUAAUGUCAGAUACCGUGAUGUUCAGCGCACCGCCUCGGUCACCACCUCGCUUAGCAUCGCGACCUUCGCCUCCGUGUUCCCCAUUGAGACCGACACCCAAGCGCAGUUGGUCUGCGGUGUUUAAAGGUGUUGUGGCAACAUCUUGACAUUCGCAGCUACUGUUCCUUUUCCCCCCUUUCCUUUACGAUACCCAUUUCUAUUGUACCUAGUUGUCACGUAAUUUUUUUGCUGUCCGUUCGCUGUCUAUCUAUCAUUUUUUCGUUUUCUUUUUUGUUCUGGACAUACAUACAUACAUACAUCUGUAGACUAGCGUAGCAUCGAACAUUGAUAUCCACAAUAACAUAGCAAUACUCUCUUGAACAUCAGCUUAUAUUUUAUCCAG